UAAAAAAUUGAAAAACAGCAAGGUGUGUGCUGUAAAGUGCAGUGCCGUACGAUGCGGGCGUGAAAAACGUGAAUUUCUUUCGCAAUAGUGCGUUUGGUGCGUUUGGUGUGGAACUCUGGUUUUGGUGCUAGAAAAAUCGGCGUGACGCUAUGUAAAUCAUAGCGUAGCGUGUUUUUUCCCGUGUGCCAAACAGUACGGAACGUGACCAUUUCCAUUUGCUGGUGUGUAGCCAGCGGAUGAGCAGGAGAAACGGUGAUGGAAAAAUAAUUCAAGACAUUCAUAAAACAGCGGGCGGAAGAGUGCACCACCACCCAAGUGAAAGAUAGUGAAAGGAGGAUCGCCCCUCGGUUCUAUCGCGCGUUGCUUUAUAAGCGGCAAUAACAAGCUUUCAUCUGAAGCAACGGCAAUUCCGCGGCAAAGAUCAAGUUCACCUCCUCCUCCGAAAAUAGUCAAACUCAACUUGACCGGCCAACGCGAAAGCUGCAGUUUAGUGUGUCAAAAGUGUAUUUUUCCGGGUCGUCUAGCUUUUUCUCGCAAUUAAUCAACUCCCCCGGCAGUGGAAAGUUUAUCCAGCGUGAAUUUUUGCAUCUCUGAAAAGAAAGGUCGUGUCUAAAGUUUUGCAAAAUGUUGGCCGCAACUACACUGUUCAAGAUGCUGCUGGUGACCUCGAUACUGUCGCAAGCGGUCCACUGUCAGCGGUUGCUGGGGCGGAGUCGCCGGGAAGCGACGAACACACCGUUGUCGUCCACCGAUGCGCCGGUUGAGGUAAGUGAAGCUGUCGACAAACAAUCGGCCACCGGGGAGGUGUUGAGUACGGCCGCAUCGACAAGGACACAGCGCAGCUACUACGGCGGUGGCUCGAGUGAAAGAUUGUUCGAUCUAGGCGGGCUGCUGGGAAGCCGCACCUACUACUCGGGUAAUCGGGGCUAUUACCCGUCCGGUGGGUACUACCCGCAGGGUGGCUACUACCCACAGGGCGGUUUUCUGCCGCAGGGAGGCUACUAUCCGGGAGGCGGCUAUGGCGGAUCGGGCUACUACCCGGGUACGAACACGCUGGGCGUCGGAUCGCCUGCGUACGGUGGCGGCAGCUACGGCGGUUAUGGCGGCUACGGCGGCUUCGGAGGUAACGGUGGGCUGCAGUCGUACUACGGCUACAACAACGACAACUACUACGGCAACCGCAACCUGGGCUAUGGCUACUACAGCGGUACCUCACCGUCCGGCUACGUAGGCUCCACCCUUGUUAGCGGUUUCCGUGGCUACAACUAAGGACCGACCGGGUGACUUUGACGCACUCACUGCAGGCCACUCUACGUUUGUGACGUUUUUGUGACGUGUUGUGCUGUGUUGUCUGUCCGUUAAAUCAAUGUCUGUCCGUCUGUGUGUGUGUGUGUGUGUGUGUGUGGGCCUUGUACAAAUGCUGUGCUCGCUGUUUGAAAACAAAAUGGCAAACACCAAAAACGAAUCUCCACAGUGCUACAAUUUGUCGGUCCAGUCCACAUUCGAAUGUCCUGUUGUGCGUAGAUAAUAAUAUCCGUCCAGCGGUUCCGAUGUGACGUGCUAAAAGCUAUAUUUAUAUUCCCUUCAUCUCAGCCAUCAGGAGCAACAGAAACGGUAUCUCACGCCCACCAGCAAAUCCCAGGCGCGUGGGUAAACGGGGGCCACUUCAUGGUACUUGCUCGAGUAAAUAAAGAUGUCGAUCAAAGAUCUAA